AUGUGCCAGAAGGCCCAGCGCUUAAAAGUACUGGCAGCAAUUUUAUGGCGCAUACCUGAUCUGCGUGGCCCUCAUAUAGCCGAGAUGGAAUGCGCUAACGAAUGGCUCCAAGAGAUCGAAGAUUAUAAGUCACAAAUGACAGAGUAUUUCACCAAAUGUUCUGCAAAAUUGAAAGAAUGGUAUGACAAUGGAGGAGAUCGCUCAGAUACCUAUCGAGUUGAAUAUAAUAAACUUAUGGACGAAUACGAUAAGUACACUAGGUACCUUGAGGGCCUACAUAGGUCUUCACUAGAAACACAAGCUGCGCCUGGUAGCGAUUCUCAGGAAUCUCGUUCCUCUGUAUUGACUUCAGGUCAGUUAUUUUCAUACUUACCGUUCAAAAGCCGCUAG